AGCGCCUUUCGCACGUUUGUUUCAACAAAAACAGCUUCUUUUUUUUUAAAAACUACUCGUCUUGUUCUCUUUUGCCCCAUCAGGCACUUAUAUACCUCGGUUGUCUUUUACAUGUGUCCAUCAGUUACUGGCGUCUGUCAUCACAAUCGGCAUCAUGUCUGAGCCUGACCAGUGCAUCAUAUGUUUGGAUCCGCUGCCGCACCCCUCGUCCUCGACGCAGAGCAACGCGGCCGUCGACACCGCCGCUGCGUCCACGUCCGAGGCCGCUGAGAGCGAUUCCAGCCAUCUCAACAUCGUGGCCGCCCUCGAUGGCUGCGACCACAUCAUCCACGAUGCAUGCAUCCGCUCCUGGGCUCAAAAGACCAAUACUUGCCCCAUCUGCCGCAAGCCCUUCCACUCGGUUCGAGUCUACAACGGUCUGGAUGGCAUCGCCGUUUCCACCUACGACGUCGAGGAUAAAAAGCAGGUUGCCGAAUUCGAUGUACAGCAGUGGCUCGGGGAGAACCCCGAAGAAGAGGAGGAGGAAUCCAACCCAUGCCCCAUCUGCGACUCGGCAGAGCGAGAAGACAUCCUCUUGCUUUGCGAUAGCUGUGAUGCAGCCUACCACACGCACUGCAUCGGUCUCGAUUACAUCCCCGAGGGUGCCUGGUAUUGCAUGGAAUGUGCUCAUCUGUUCCAGACGACAGAGGAACAGCCAGAGUCGGGAGCUGCGUCGGAGAACGGCGAGAGGCCUCAGAUCACUAUCCCUCCAGCUCCUCGAUCUAACCGAGGCUUCCAUGUCCGCACCCGCGCUCGUCUCAGGAGGGCACGCCGCCAAGCACGCAACCUUGAAUGGCAGGGUGCUUGGGGACAGUUCUCUGGCCGCUUCUUUGAGAUAAGCGAGCUGGACCUCGAUAACCAUGACGACGAGGAUGAAGAUCUUGGACGUUAUCGCAGGUUCCAACAGCUUGAUCGGCGGGAGCUGCAGCGGUGGCAGCAACGGAUGGACAUUGCACAGCGUCUAGGUGCACGAGAGUCCUUUGCGAGCAGUAUACCGCCUCGGAUUAGCGAGCGCCUUCAACCCCCGCCACCGCCUGUUGAGACGAGGGAAGAGAGGCAGGCCUGGGGUGCGUUGGAUCGUGCUCGAGAGGCCGAAGGUACCAACAGCCCAAACACUCGUAAACGAAAGGCUCGGUCUGUGACGGCCUCGCCCAUUGAACCACCUACCCAAGAACCUGAGAGAAAACUCAAGCGCCCGCGAACUAGACGUCUUCCCACGCACGGCGAAAGCUCAACUGCGGCUGUGCCACCGGCCAGCUCAUCCACAGGAAGGCUCGCCAAUGGCUCUUCUCUGAGAACCAGUAAUGCAGGCCAACCCGACGCCGAGCCCACUCUUGUUGUAUCCUCUUUGCUCAAAGAGCUAGAGCCCAAUGCUCAUUCCGAGGAUGAGGCGUCCGGUGUCACAUCUGGCUGGCGCCCUUUCCAUGAGGCAUCUUCGCCAGCUCUCUCCCCAUCGCCAUCUGCUUACGGCAGCCCUCGCGCUCUUUCGCUAACUCCACCUCCAUUACCCAAUCUCAACGGACGGCCAUCGUCUCCGACUCUAUCCCUUAGCACGCACAUCGAGCCGGUAUACCCGCCUGCAAAUUAUUCACCAACAAAUUCCCCCACAAGUUACUCGCCCACUCGCUUCAGCAGCAGCGAUCAUAGCGAUUCUGAGUCGCGCCCACCAAAACCAGAACCUCGAACUGAAGGCCGGAGCGAGAACCGACUUGAGAGUCGACCUCUGGAACUUCGCCAACCCCGGCCGCGACGUGUGCAUCAAGCAUCACCCGAGUCCGGUUCGACGCGGGGAGAUGAGAACUCAAUGAGACAUGCCAUGACGACAGAAGAAAAGAAACAUGUUAAUGAAAUUGUCCGAAACGCUCUCAGGCCGCACUGGCGGGCUCAGAAGCUGACUGAAGAACAAUAUGCAAUAAUCAACCGUGACAUCUCACGAAAGCUUUACGACGAAGUGAAGGACGCGUCCUCACUUGAUGACGAAUCUCGACGACAAAUCUGGGAGAAGAGGGUCACCCAAGAGGUGGCUCGGGCCAUCUCCGAACUUCAAGCCUGAUCACGGGUGCACAAGCAAAAAGAAGCAUUUGGUCUGGCGUUUUAAGGCUUUUGUCGGCGGUCCAAUCAUGGUUUGAUACCCCCAGCCUCGUUGACGGCGAAGUGCAUUUUAUUUUAGGGACACCGAGGUGUAAUAGGAGUCGGGCAUUUGUUUUAGUUCUUGUCAUACUGAUAGCGCUUGUCGAUCCUGCUACGGCGCAUUGCGAAUCGUGCUUGAAUAUGUAUCGUACUUUUCAUACAUGAUGCGUUUUUCCUUUCAUCAUUGGGACGAGGAUUCUAGGGUUUAGAACCAGCAAUAGCUUGAAUUUAAAUCGAUCCACACCACGGUAUCUGUGGUGGAAUUUUGUACA